AUGCAAAAACUCAACACAUACGAAGCAACUCCUUGGGUAGCUGCCUAUUAAUGUUGCAUUGUAAUUUAUACUUUCAUCAGCUUUGGACUCAUUUUGGUUUCGGUUUUCAAUUAAUCUAUACUCAUGGAUUCUGUAUGUUAAAUUCAUAUUAUCUAAAGGCACCAUAAUUUUAUUCAGAUUGGGAUAAUAACUUUAUAGAAGAUAUAAAGAUUUCAAUCUCUUGUGAUGAAGGUUAUUAAAAUAUAUUAAAUUUCACAUGGCCUGGAACUGAACUUGGAUGUGAUUGUACUUAGUCAAAUGGAACAGAUUAAUACAAAUAUUCUAAGUAAAAAUAUAUAAAAAUUAAGUUAUUAUUAUAUGGAAUGUAGUGAAUUUAUGUUGGCUGAAAAUUGUUAAUCAGUAGAGCCAAUAAAUGAAUAAUAAUUCAAACAUUGGCCAUUUAUAGAUUAAACUUCUGUUAAAGGUAAAUUAUUAUAAUAUUUAUAUUCAGCUUAUAAGUUUUGUGCUAAAUAAAGUAAACAUACAGCAAUUGAAUCAUUUUAAAUUGGUGAUGCUACUGAAGGAUAUAAAAAAUGUGGCAAUUUUUUUUAAGUUCCAUCUGAUGAAUUAUGUCCAAUAAGUGAUUUUACAAUAUCUACAAAUUAAACUGGUAUAGAAAUUGGAACCACUGGAUAAUAUUUAAAAAUUUAAAGAGUUGAACAAAAUUAAAUACCCUUAAUAGGAUUCACAAUUGGAUUUAGUAUAUUAUAUUUUAAAAUUAAUAAUAGAUUCUAUAUGUUACUCAAUCUCAGAGAUUUAUGAAUUUUAGUAUUUAGAUAAGAUGAUCCAUUAUCAUUGCUAUGACAAUGAUGAAAGAUAUGUACGUUUAACAAAUGAUAUGAGUUAUAGUAAUUUGUUAAUGGUAAAUGAUGUAUAAGAAGAUUACAAUAAAUUGUAUUAAAAUUAAGUAAUUAAAGAAAGAAGUAAAUUAUAUAAAAUAUACUUUAGAUGUGAAUCUAUUUUACAAAUAGUUAACGCAAUUUCAUUACAAUACUUCAGAAUUGUGUUAAUAAGAUGAUCUUAAAUACAUACAUGAUUUAAAUAUGUAUAUAAAUGAUAAUGUAAUGGAUGUAUAAUUGGCAGCAUAAGUAAUAGUAGGAAUAUAAGCUGGAGUAUUUGGAUUCUUAGUUCCAUUAAUUUCAGCAAUAUCUUUGGUUGGUUGCAAUUUUAAAUAUACAAGUUUAAACAGAAAGAGUUCACAUUAUAAAGAUUUAUUUGGAUUUUGGUUGGGUGUUAAGAUGAUUGGAGAAAUCUUAUGUACAAUUAUAUUAGCAGCAGAUAUGGGAUAUUAAUAAUAAAUGAUGGAUCAUUUCUAUGAUUUUAUUAAUGCUGAUUGUUCUGAUAAGUUUUCUUUAGAAGAAAUGAGUGAUUUCUACCACAAAUAUGAAAUUAAGGUUUAUAAUUAUGUUCUUCUUAAUUUCAUUCUUUGUAUCAUUACAAAUGUCUUUGACUUUUAUGUUACUUAUCUUAUGUGUAGAGAUAAACACAAAGAUGGAAGCUACUUAAAAAAUAGUGAGAAUUCUCAUUAAAAGAAUUAUACUUCUACUCAUCCUGAUGAAAUACUCAAUAGAACCAAGAUUCAACCUUAAUCAGAAAUUAAAUAAUAAUUAAACCAAUAAAAUAAAAAUUUUGAAGAUGUUGAAAUACCAGGUGAUGAUAUGCCUAAACCACAUAAACCUGAGAAUUGAAC